UAAAAAAAACAAAAAUACUAAAAAUAUGUUAAUUAAAUUUAUCACUUGUGGCUAUAUUAAAAUAAGUCAAGGAUUUUUUAUAUUUAAAUGUUAUUUGUGAUGACUCCAAUCCAACAAGUAGUCCAGAUGUUAAAUAUUAUUUUAUUUUUAUUUAUAAUUUGAUAAAUAGCUUGAUAAUAAUUUUGGCUAUUCAACAAAAUAAAUAAAUAAAUAAAUAAAUAAAUAAACAAUAAAGGAAAUAAACAUUUAUAAAUUAUGGAAGAUAGUGGUAUAGACAGUGAUCCAAAACCUGUCAAUAAUAAUGAAGAUGAAAGACUAUUUCAGACAAGUGAUAGCAGUAGUAGCAGCAGUGGCAAUCAAAUUCAAUCGGUUCAAAGAAGUACAACGAAGCAACUUCAUAAAAAGCUUGAGGCACGUAUUGAACAGGCCAAACGUAUUCAACGUAAUUCAGAAUAUAUAAAACUUCCAAGUAAUGAAAAAAAUAUUGUACCAAGUAGUUCGGCUGGAUUGAUAUCAAUUCAAAGAUUACCAAUACCACAUAAAAAUAAUGAACAUUUUCCACUCGUUGAGUAUUGGCAGAGUGAUACUGAAAGUGGAGAUGAAACAACAUUGUUUCCAAUUUCACGAAGUAAGGACAAUGGAAAACACAAACAAGAUUUAACUGAUACUUUUAGUAUUGAAGAAAUGGAAAUGAGUGAAGAUGGAAGUGAGGAUUCAUUACAUUUAGGUCCAAAAAAAUUUACUGAUCCACAAACAAGGACGUACAAACCAAAUGGAUGUUUUAAUUGUAAUUGUCAAAUUCUUUAAAAUAUAUAUUUAUAAAAACUUGUAGAUUAAAUUUUUUUUUCUUUUUUUUAAAACAAGAAAACAAACAAAUAAAAUAAUUUUUAUUUAGUUGCCAUAAUGUCUUCCAAAAAAAAAAAGCGCAAAAAAUCAAUUUUUUUUUUUUACAAGAAAAAGCUUUAGUUUCAUUUACCGAAUAAAAGCAAAAUAAUCUUAAUGAAAAUAUAAUUUUUAUAAUUGUUAUUUUAAGUUUAUUAAAUGCAAAUUAAUUUGUUGUUUUUUUUUUAAUAUAAUUAAGUCAGAGUGUUAUAAUUUCAACAAUCGUGCGCAUAAUUACUAUGCAUCCUCACGUGUAUCUCUGCAUUAAAUUGAUAAUUACCCAACGAUAUGAUAAUAUUAAAUUAUUAAUAAUUAUAUGUAUGUGUGUUAACAAUAAAAUAUUUUAUGUAAAAAAAUAUAUUAUAAUAAAUAAAUAAACAAAUAAUCUAUUUAUUGAAAAA